AGAGCUCGCUGACGAUGGAAGACUUAUUGUGUCCUGAUUGUAAGAACCCGUUCAGCCUGAACCUCAGGGUACCAAAAACGCUUCACUGUCUUCACACAUUCUGUUUGAAGUGCCUAAAACUAGAGCACACAGACGAAGGAAAGCCGUUUGUUUUUUGCCCGGCGCCAUCGUGUGGCGCUUGUCACUACCUCGACGACCAACAGGGGCAGCAGGACAUUCAAAAUGGCCUAAAAACCGACUACUUCAUCGAAAGAGCGUCUUCCUGCUACCAGAUGCUUAGUUCUCCCGAUCCUAGCUGCGGCAAAUGUACCGCGCCCGACAACCAGGCGAAGGGUUACUGCGAAAGGUGCAGGGUGUUGCUGUGCCAAGUGUGCUCCGACUACCACAAAAGGGUCACCGACCCAAAAGACCACAUCGUCAAAGACUUGCAAGAGGUACUUCAAGUGGCGCAAACUGCGCGUGGUAAACUCGAUCAUUUUACGAACAAGAAACGGUGGAAGUGCGAAGGCCACCGAGGCGAGCCAGAAGAAACAGUAGAAGAAGCGAGCUUUUACUGCCUAAAGUGUGAGAAGAUGAUAUGCAUCACGUGCGCAACUUGUGAUCACAGUGAGCACAAGAGAACAACAGCACCUAGACUCUUGGCAGGACAAGACGAACAGUUCAACAUCAGACCCCAUCUCGAGGAACUGCGGCAUAUUGCUGCUGAUUACGACAGGGCUUUGCACAGCAUAGACGAUGAAAUCGAACACUUUGAAAAAGAAUGCCGUUUGGCUUCUGAGCAUGUCGAAAUUAUAAUGCAAAAUCUUCAAGAGGGUCUUUUUGCUGAGCAAGAAGCCCUCCUCAGAAAGGUAAAUCACAUUCACGAUGCCCGUGUGGAAGAGAUUCACGGGAAAUUGAAGGAGUUCGAGGACGAAAGAAGAGAGAUGUCUCAUUCGAUCGAGUUUGCCAAGAAUACUCUGCUGUGUAUUCCAGAGGAUAUUCUGGAACAAGAGGAUGCACUGGUUGAAAGGUUGGGCCAACUCUGCCAGAAGUAUGAGCUCCACCCCCUCGAGCCAUUGCAACGUGAUGUAUUCGUUCGGUCACUGGACCCAGACCUCAGUUUAAACGGCGCUGUUGGUCAAGUCUACACAAAUCCUGACCUAAACUCUCUCGCUGAGGGAUUCGAGCGCGUACCAUUCCGACAGGGGAAGAAGACGGAGUUUCAACUCACCUGCCGCGAUUCAAUGGGCACCCCACUUCCUGCAACUGAUUUCGAGGUCGCUCUUACCGAGGUGAGGCCAGACGCAAGGAUGUUUCCCGUUAGGAAAAAUCCAAAUGGGACUUUUACUGGUGCGUUGGAGCCUCGUAGUUCAGGGGAGCACUCUGUUCACCUUGAAGUCCAGUAUACCAAAGGUGGGGGGGUAGUGCAGCUAGCACCGUUCACGGUGUUUGUGUCACCGACUCUACCUGAAGAGGCCAGGGUUGAGAAGACAAUCAGCCGUGAAGACCUCCGCGAGAUGGUCCGUCCGGCCGGUAUCGCGCUCAGCAGGCAGUACAUCGCUGUAGCUGACAAAGAAGCUCACAAGAUUUUCAUCCUCGCUUUAGACGGGCAGUGUGUGUAAUGUCAUUGGGGAUCAAGGGGAGGACGAGGGGGAGUUCAAUUCACCUCGCGGAGUGGACUGGUGGGGCGAGAAUGUAGUCGUAGCCGACACAGGAAACCAUCGAGUCCAGUUUUUGUCGGUCGGAGGCGUGUUUUUCAAGGCAAUCGGUGGAUAUGGGGGGCAUUGUAUGCAAUUCAUUGAGCCACGAGAUGUGGCUGUGUCUGUGUCCGAGGACUCUGCAACCAUCUUUGUAGCCGACGCUGUUAACUGCCGUGUACAAUUCUUCAGGAUGGCAGAUGCCACGGCAGAUGCUCAACCACUGGGGGUGUACACUAUCCCAAACAUGCCUCUCUCACUCUGCGUGGGCAACCGCGAUCGCGUUUUCGUGACUGAGAACCUGGCGAACCAGUUCAAGAUUCUCUCGCUGAAGUGCCAAGAGCGCCAGUUAGAGGCAUCUGAGCCACAACCAAUGCAGACACCAGAACUCGCGUUGUUUAAUGUUUGCACCAACAAAGAAAAUGCUGGCGUGCAAUUGAACCGAGUGAGGGGACUAACGUACGACCCACAGACACGAUAUGUUCUGGUCACAGAAGAGGGGAACCCUAAAAUCUGUGUAUUUGACAGGGACGGAGGGUAUGUGGGCACCGUCAAGCUACCAGGAAAAAAGACUAUGCAACUGGUCGAUAUAUCAGCUCUCGAUUCCCGUGUAGUACUUGUAGCUUACAAAGGCGAAAAGUACGCCAUUUCAGUACUGAACAUUAUGUGACUUGCGCUGCCUCCCAAAAUGUAUUAUAUCUUGUAGUACCAUCAGUCAAAGAAUUUUCUGUUUUUUUACUGCCCAAGCAAAAGGUCACAUGUUCCGAAAAAAAGCAUACACAAGCAAUACACUGUACAAUACCAUUAAAUUUAUAUUAUACAGAGUAUAAGGGGUGUAUAUACAGUUCCUAAAUAAGGUAUGUCUACUCUAGAUUGUCUAAACAAUGGAAAAGAUCAUCAACUUUCUCUUUCCACAGUCACAUACGAUAAGGCGAGAGUCCCCCAAAACACUCACUCCAAUCGGGGUUAUAAACUCAUUGUCGUGCUCACCCUCCGUCCCAAGGGGGGCAAGGAUGUGCCCGUUCUUGUCGAGGAUCGAGAGAUGGCGUUUGCUCAUUUCGGUGACAACGAUGUAACCGGUUUCAGGGUGGUGAGCUAUUCCUCCUAGUGGAUCGUUGGAGAGGCUCUCCGACCUAAAGAAUAUAUCGAAUCCAGCUACUCUGUAGCUGCUUUCGACCGACGAGGAACUGUCGUUUGAAGCUGCAGCGUCGGGAAGUUUGGAAACCAGGCACUGAACAUGGUUACCCUGUCUUUCUGUGAUGAAAAGUCGGCCAAGUUCGUCACAGGUCAGAGCGUAGGGCUCGCUGAACGUGCCCGGCCCUCCAAACUGCCCCAGAAAUCUGCCGUCGGGGUUAAAGUAC